AUGCCUCGUCGUAUUGCACUGCUAGGGGCUACUGGACACACCGGCCAAGCAGUACUCAAAGAUCUCCUCAACCAAGACAUCGACAUCAACAUCUACGUCCGCUCAAAGUCCAAGCUCAUCGAGCAAUUCCCAAUUCUGUCCUCUACCUCAAAAGCCCACAUCUUCUCCGGCGACAUCUCAGACACCACACUGAUCCAAAAACUCCUAACCAAUGUGGACACCAUAAUCUUCACCUUGGGCUGGAACGAAAACAGACGAGGCCCCACCAUCAUCGAAGACGGCGCCAGAGCAGUCAUAAAAGCUCUACAUGAGCUUGCCAAAUCCUCCAAUGAGCCAAAGAAGCAACCUCCCAGACUCAUCCUCUUAUCCUCCGUAACCUGGAACGAGAACUUGCACGGCUCAAACCCAACCUUUCAAAUCCGCAUGGUGCGACUCGCCUUCUACUGGCCGUAUCAAGACCUGCUCGCCGGCCAAAGAAUCCUUCUCUCCGAACCCGAGCUCGUAAAAGUGACAUUGAUCCAGCCGCCAGCGUUGAUAGAAGAGGAACCCAGUGGUUACGACAUCAGUGUUGAUAAUGCAGGUGCUGGAUGCAGUUAUCUAGAUUUAGGGGUUUCGAUUGUGGAAGUUGCGAUGGAUGAGAGGUAUGAAAGUGUUCCUGCUGUUAUGGUGACGAGCAAGGCUGGACAUGAUUUCGGAAGGUAUGCUGGUGUUAUUCUGCCGAAAUUCUUCAAGGGGCUUGCGGCUUCGUUUUUGCCAGGGUUUUGGAUGAUGCAUGAUUUGGCAGCAAGGUUUUGGUCGUGA